GGAGAUGACAGAGGACAUCUAUCAAAACUUCCCUCAGGGCAAAGAUGACAGACAUCCUAAAGGAGGCAUCUGUCACAGAGUGAUCACAGGAACUCUGGGGCUGUUGUGUGUUGUCUUGCUGACUAUAGUCAUAGUACCGGCAAUGCGUCUCACCCUCUGCGCCUCUGAGAGAGACCUGUUACAGACUAAUCUCAAGAUCUUGCAAAAUAAUGUUUCUGUCUGGCUCUCUGGUCUCGAGAGACGUCUGCGGGAAGGAUGGAUGUUGUACAAUGUAAGCCUAUACUACAUAUCUACUGAGAAAGGGUCAUGGGAUGAGGCCAAAGAGGACUGUCAAAAGAAGGCUGCACACUUGGUGAUCAUAAACAACAGAAAUGAACAGGAAUUUCUGGCCAACAAACAAAAGGAAUUCUGGAUCGGGCUAACGGACAAGGACAAGGAAGGGGACUGGAAAUGGGUUGAUGGGACAGUCCUCACUACUCAAUUUUGGGAUGAACUCCAGCCAACUAACGAUGGUGGGAAUGAACACUGUGCUGAGACCAGACCUCGUGCCUAUAUUACCAACUGGAACGAUGUGCCAUGCUCUACACCUAAUAUUUGGGUGUGUGAGAAAAGCAACACACUUGCAAACGUAUAGCACAACAGCAGUAAUUAAAAAAUGAAAGCUUACUCAGUUGGUCAGUUGGUAGUUGUCACUGAUUAGUUGUCAGUUUAAUGGUAGUUUCACCACUGCUUCGCCGCUCACCAUGCUUCAAUGUUUUGUUCUAAUAUUCAUGACACAUUUAAACCUUUCCUUGGCCAAAUGCAAUUCUUCCUGUUGUGCCAUCUUUACAAUAUUAUGAGUAUGAGAAUUUAUUCUUGAAUU